GAAAGGAUGAUUACUAAAGGGGCCGGGAUCCCAUCUGCCUGGUGCCGCCCUGCUGGACCCUCCCCUCAGCUCUGCCUUCUUUCAUUCCAUCUGCAGCUGGCACAGCUGGACCACGGUUUGCAACGUGCCAUGUGGGUCUUUCCAACCCCAGCACAGGGCUGCCUCCCUCCUAUAGGCAAAACAUGCUCCCCCCUGAAUCCCAGGGGCAGGCGCCUCCCCAUUUUCCUUCUUCGUGGCUCUUAAAAGAACCUGGUCUGUGACACACACGUCCUCCUGAAGUAAGAGCACCAGCAUCUCACUUGCAUUUCCCGUUAAGUAAGAGUUCUAAGGACACAGACACAGGUGGGGGUGGGGGUGGGCACAGACCAGAGAGCACGGCUCUGCCUGAAACACAGGAGCUGCUCGGCACCCAGCGUCAGAUCUGUGGAAUGGCUGCUCUUCCAACCCGUCCCUGCCUUGCACAAUGUGGCUUUGUUGCUAUCGAGACGGCAUCACUUUCUAGCCAUUGUGAUUGAGGAGGGAGGAGGCAGGCCGGGCGGUAGUAGUGGUGAAUGGCCAGCUCUGCCAGAUGACAUGUCGCGGACCCCCGCAUCAGCCAAGAGGAAUUAAGCUCUGUCACUCUCCGCUGGGACUACUCCUGGAUGUGUGUGAGGAAUUCACUGUUGCCGCCGUGGCCACCAGAGCAGAGCCCUGAGCACGCCCGGCCACGGCAGCGGUGAGUGAGAAUGAUAGCCGUCUCCUUCAAAUGCCGCUGUCAGAUUCUGAGGCGACUCACCAAAGAUGAGAGCCCCUACACUAAGUCCGCCAGCCAGACAAAGACGCCUGACGGAGCGUUGGCUGUGAGGAGACAGAGCAUCCCAGAGGAAUUCAAGGGAUCCACGGUUGUUGAACUGAUGAAGAAGGAAGGUACUACACUCGGCCUGACGGUGUCGGGAGGAAUAGACAAGGAUGGCAAGCCCAGGGUGUCCAACCUGCGGCAAGGAGGAAUCGCUGCCAGAAGUGACCAGCUAGAUGUGGGGGACUACAUCAAGGCUGUGAACGGGAUCAACUUGGCCAAAUUCCGUCAUGACGAGAUCAUCAGCCUACUGAAGAACGUGGGGGAGAGGGUGGUGCUGGAAGUGGAGUAUGAGCUGCCGCCUGUCGCUGUUCAAGGAUCAAGUGUCAUUUUCCGAACAGUGGAAGUCACGCUACACAAAGAAGGCAACACUUUUGGUUUUGUAAUACGAGGGGGAGCUCACGAUGACAGAAACAAAUCUCGCCCAGUUGUGAUAACGUGUGUCCGUCCCGGAGGGCCUGCCGACAGAGAGGGCACCAUCAAACCUGGUGACAGGCUGCUCAGCGUGGACGGAAUCCGGCUUCUUGGAACCACGCACGCGGAAGCCAUGAGCAUCCUGAAGCAGUGUGGGCAGGAGGCGACGCUGCUGGUCGAGUACGAUGUCUCCGUGAUGGAUUCUGUGGCAACAGCAUCCGGGCCGCUGCUCGUGGAAGUUGCCAAAGCUCCCGGUGCCAGCCUCGGGGUCGCCCUCACCGCCUCCAUGUGCUGUGACAGACAGGUCAUUGUCAUUGACAAGAUCAAGUCCGCGAGCAUCGCAGACAGGUGCGGCGCGCUGCACGUGGGGGACCACGUCUUGUCCAUCGAUGGCACCAGCACCGAGCACUGCACGCUGGCCGAGGCGACCCAGUUCCUGGCCAACACCACCGACCAGGUCAAGCUGGAGAUUCUCCCCCAUCACCAGACCCGCCUGGCUCUGAAGGGACCCGACCAUGUGAAAAUUCAGAGGAGCGACAGGCAACUUACCUGGGAUUUCUGGGCCAUCAGCCACUGCGGCCACCACACCGACCAGCAUCCCAGCCAUCACACCAGCCAUCACACCAACCUUCCCCAUGAUACUCACCACCCUGACUGCUGCAGAGCGCCCACCCUGACAUUCCCGAAAGCACCGCCUCCAAAUAGCCCUCCCGCGAUGGUGUCCUCAUCCUUCUCCCCGACCUCUAUGAGCGCGUACAGCCUGAGUUCCCUCAACAUGGGGACCCUGCCACGGAGCCUCUACUCCACCAGCCCACGUGGAACCAUGAUGCGGAGGAGAGUGAAGAAGAAAGACUUUAAGAGCUCGUUGUCCUUGGCCUCCAGCACUGUGGGCCUGGCUGGGCAGGUUGUUCACACGGAAACCACAGAGGUGGUGCUGACGGCAGACCCCGUCAUGGGGUUCGGGAUCCAGCUGCAGGGCAGUGUGUUUGCCACCGAGACGCUCUCCUCCCCGCCUCUGAUCUCCUACAUCGAGGCUGACAGCCCAGCCGAGAGGUGUGGCGUGCUGCAGAUCGGAGACAGAGUGGUGUCCAUCAACGGGGUGCCCACUGAGGACAGCACCUUUGAGGAGGCCAACCAGCUGCUCAGAGACUCCUCCAUCACCAGCAAGGUCACCCUGGAGGUCGAGUUCGACGUUGCAGAGUCCGUCAUCCCAAGUAGUGGAACAUUUCACGUCAAGCUGCCUAAGAAGCACAGCGUGGAACUCGGAAUAACCAUAAGUUCACCAUCCAGCAGAAAACCGGGGGACCCCCUCGUCAUUUCAGACAUCAAGAAAGGAAGUGUGGCGCACAGAACCGGAACCCUGGAACUUGGGGAUAAAUUACUUGCGAUAGAUAACAUCCGUCUGGACAACUGUUCCAUGGAAGAUGCCGUUCAGAUCCUCCAGCAGUGUGAAGACCUGGUGAAGCUAAAAAUCCGCAAAGAUGAAGAUAACUCAGAUGAGCAAGAAAGUUCCGGAGCAAUUAUUUACACUGUGGAGCUUAAGCGCUACGGGGGGCCCCUUGGCAUCACGAUUUCAGGAACUGAAGAGCCGUUUGAUCCUAUAAUCAUUUCAAGCCUCACUAAAGGGGGAUUAGCUGAAAGGACUGGUGCCAUCCACGUCGGAGACAGGAUCCUCGCCAUCAACAGCAGCAGCUUGAAAGGGAAGCCUCUGAGUGAAGCCAUCCACCUGCUACAGAUGGCCGGGGAGACGGUCACCUUGAAAAUUAAGAAGCAGACAGAUGCCCAGUCAGCAUCAAGUCCCAAGAAGUUCCCCCUUGCCAGCCACGUGAGUGACCUGGGGGAUGUCGAGGAAGACUCCCCUCCAGCACAGAAGCCAGGCAAGCUCUCCGACAUGUACCCCUCCACGGUGCCCAGUGUGGACAGCGCUGUGGACUCAUGGGACGGGUCUGCAGUGGACACCAGCUAUGGGACUCACGGCGCGGGUUUUCAGGCACCAGGAUACAAUUUCAACAUCUAUGACUGGAGGAGCCUGAAACCUAGAGGCAGUUUGUCCCCAGGCUGUAAGCCUCGGAGCCAGACGUACCCGGACGUGGGGCUGAGCAGCGAAGACUGGGACCAGUCCACAGCCAGCAGCUUUGCAGGGGCUCCCAAAGGCACCGAGGCCGAGCAAGAGGAAAGCUUCUGGUCCCAAGCGCUGGAGGAUCUGGAGACCUGCGGCCAGUCGGGCAUCCUACGAGAGCUGGAGGAGAGAGCCGACAGGCGCGUGUCUUUGAGAAGCGUGGGCCUCCUGGCAACUAUCAUGUCGGGGAGCACACUGAGCUUGAAUCGCGAGGCUCCGACAGCCCGCAGCCAGCUGGGGCGGCAGGCCAGCUUCCAGGAACGGGGCAGCGCGCGGCCACACUACAGCCAGACUGCUCGGAGCAACACCCUGCCCUCCGAAGUGGGCAGGAAGUCUGUGCCCCUGCGGAAAGUGAAACAAGACAUGAAGGAGGUCGUGUCCCCAACCCCUGUGGAGCUGCACAAGGUAACCCUGUACAAGGGCUCUGACAUGGAGGACUUUGGGUUCAGCGUAGCAGAUGGCUUGCUGGAGAAAGGAGUAUAUGUCAAAAAUAUCCGCCCAGCUGGGCCAGGGGACCUUGGUGGCUUAAAGCCCUAUGACAGGCUCUUACAGGUCAACCACGUCCGGACAAGAGACUUCGACUGCUGCCUGGUGGUUCCCCUCAUUGCUGAGUCUGGCAGCAGGCUGGACCUGGUCAUCAGCAGGAGCCCACUGGCCACACAGAAGCCCAUGGAGCAGGCUCUCCCGGGGGGAGACUGGAGUGAGCAGAACUGUGCGUUCUUCCAGCAGCCUCGCCACGGCGGGAACUUGGAGGCGAGAGAACCCACGAAUACGUUAUAGCAGCGUGCUUUACAAAGCAGGACACAGACAAUCUCCACAUGGUGCUAACAAUCCCUUUACGAUUUCUGUGGCAUUUGAAGCUCAGAUGAUCACGUGGCAUUAACUGCAAGCACAGGGGUCUUUCAAAUUUGUCAUGGCUCGUGUUCAGGUCCCUUUUCAAGCUGAAGAGGUUUCUCUUCUGGUGACCAUUCUGGUCACAAGAGGGGUCCCCUGCCUGGCUGCCCCUCCCCACAGCUAACACCAGAGGAAAUUUUUUUAUAAUUCAUCUUACUAUCACUUUUAAAAAAAAAAAAUGCCUGUUUGAAAAUAUUCUCUAUGGCAAUUUCCUUACUACUUUGAAGUCAGUUUCUUACUAUGAGGUUAUUAAGGUAAGAGUUUGACCAACGCAGCUUUUCCUCAGCUGCUCCGGUAGGGGCGAGUGUUUGAAAAACUGCAGGGACCACAGUGGCGGGAGGGGCACAGGUCUGAAAUUAUCUUAAAAUGUUUCCACAGGUAGGAGACUGUAACGGGUGGUGGUAAAUGUUUUGCCCAAGUAUAGGAAUGAUUUUAACUAAGAUGUAUGCUAUUCCCUAUGCAACAAAGUAGCAAACAGGCUAUGUCUUGCGACCUGUUUUUUUUUUUUUUAAGGACACGUUUUUAAUAGCUGAAAAUUUCUGAUAAUGAAUUAGUGGGUAGUCACACUGAGAAUUAGUAAUAUUUCCUUAUUUUUUAAAUUCCAGAAUAAGAAGGUAAGAGAGAAUGGGAGUCUAAUGAGGCUUAUCCUAACAUAGGCCAGUCCAACUCGCACGGCUGGACGUGUUUUGGAAGCUGGCACUCGAGGCAUGUGCACGUACAGAUGCUGGACUGUGCCCUGCUCCGAGCCAGGCCACUCGUUGAAACUGUAAAUACACUUUCACAAAAUGCAUUGCCACCUGUUACUAUCCCUCAAAGCAAUAAGCUGUGACAGUUGCUGUGCCCGUCUGUCAGCAACUGUUUCCAUUUGUCCAGAUAUUUUGAAUAGCUACACUAAUAACUAUUUGGUGAAUAUAAAAAGAUAGAUCUGUAUGUUGAUGGUAGAAUCUCCAUAUCAAAAUGAUUAUUUUCCCAACAUUUUCAUAUUGGUCAAUAAUUCAAACUACCACUUAGGCAAAGCGUUUGAACACUGUGUCCUUUGUUUAAGGAAAAAGUUCACCUUUCUUUUUGUGCAAAGAAAUAUAUAAUCUUACUUCAAUCACAUUUCAGAGCCGCCAGGGCAAGAAAGUAUAAAGCAGAAUCAUGUUAAGAGAAAAAAAGAUCAUGAGUCACUUAAAUAUGUAUUUUUAUUUGUAACAAACAAGUAUUAAACUGUAAAGUAUUUUUGUACAAAUUUAAUACUUUAUAGCAUGGUAUUUAUCGUCUAUGUAUGGUUUGGGGGAAUUCAAAAUUGUUGCAAAUAUUUGUAUGAAAAAAACCCUCUACCAAAUGGAAUAAACAGUGACUUUAAAAAGCCAAAAAAAGAAAAAAAGAAUAAUGCAUU